AUGGUGGACAGGAAGUCCAAGAGUGCGGCUGAUGCUGACUGCUUCAGCUGCUUCCGCUGGCUGUCAUCGAAGCCCUUGGGCACCUAUGCGAGGGCAGACCGUUCACCAGACACCUCCCCGCAAAGUUGGGGCCUGCCACCUGACAUCGAUGAGGUGCCCUCAAAGGAGAGACCUCGAGUUGGUAGCUGGGCAUCUCCCGUCCCUUCUUUUGCAGCACCGUGGGGCACGUGGCAAAUGCCGGAACCCAAGCUUCAGGUGCUGCCCCAGGCGCUGGAUAUUCAGCUAAGUAUUUCCGAGACACCAGGCCACUAUGUCAGCAAGGCUGUUGCUACUGCACAGCCUCACAGACUACAGGAGAUCGGCUGGCGGCAGGCAGGGGCAAGAUAUUCUCCACAGCCUGGCUUCAUGCUUGAACAGAUCCUGGCAUCACCGGGGAGACUGCCGCCACAUGAAUCACGCAGCGACAGAGCAGUCGCUGACGUUGAGAAGGCGUUGGCCGAUUUGCCGAAGUAUGCGUCCACCAACGAGAGAAUUGCCAAGUGCCCUCGGCGGCUUCUUACCGAGCGUGGCCUUGCUGGACAGCAGCUCCGGCGUGGUAUUCUAAAGGGCAGUACCAUUGCCUUCAUCACCACAGGUUAUGAAGGCAAGCGUUUCAUCUACGAAAAAGCCUGUGAACUGGGUGUUCGAAGUGUCCUCGUUGACAGUGCAGACUCCUGGAGUCGCCAGCUUGUUGAUGAGGGCAUUGCCGUGAAAUUCUUAGCGAUCGACAUGUCGCAGUCCUCUGACCGCUUGCUCGACUUUUUGAUCGAGGCCAUCCGGAACCUAGAGAAGGAUCCAAAGAUCGGCAAAGUGGACGCCGUGGCGACGUUUGCAGAGCUGUCUGUUCCCUUGACUGCACGCUUGGCGGAGGCUUUGGGUGUACCAGGUCCGGCACCCGAGUCUACCGACCAAGCCAGGGACAAGUUCCUGACAAGACAGGCCUUGGCAAGAAAUGGCCUCCCGACGCCCCCCGUCUAUGAGAUCCUCUCCGAGCAAGACAUCGACCCAGCCAUUCGGACCGUCGGAUUCCCAGCCGUGCUCAAGCCUGUGUCAGGUGCUGCCUCCGUCGGGGUGAAGAAGGUAGAGAACGAGGCUGAGCUGUGGUCCGCAUACAGUGCUCGACACCACGAGUUGGGCUCCAUGGUCAUCUCUAGUGGUGCCAUCAUCAAGGUGCGUGGGUGCAGAAGGGAUUGCUGCAGUCGUUCUGAAAGGGUUCCGGGCGAGCCGCGUCGCAUGGUUGAGGAAGCUGCGAAGGAGUUCCUGGAGCUGCCAUUGGAUUCCAGGCAAUGCCUGCCUGCAUUGAUAGCGCUGAGGACGGCGGCGUUCUCGGAUGGUUCCAGCUACACCCUGACAUCUUCCUUGCAGAAGCGGCUCCUUCAACUUCUCAGUGCGAAGGAUGUUACGGACGAGGUCCAGCAAGCAGCCAGUGAACUUUUGGAUUGGCUGGAGUGUGGAGAGCCAAUGUUGGAGCAUGGGCUGCUUGGGGUUCGGCCGCUCAUGUUGGAAGUGUCCGGCUCGGAGGAGAUGCGACGAUGGUUUGUAGGCCAUGCACCAUCGGGUCUGGCAAACGAUCCGUCAUCUCAGCUGUGUCCACGAAGACUGCAGUGCACAUUGCGCAGCUGCAAGAAGCAGGAGAAGGUCAAGAGCCCAAUUGCGAACACGCUGUAUCCUGGAUCGCAGCUGCUAGCCAAACUGGUGCUGAGCUGUCCAGAAUUGGUUGCCGAAAAGCGGGUGCUCGAGCUUGGGGCUGGGUACCAUGGAAUCCCAUCAAUGGCUGCAGUGCUGGCGGAAGCUCACACAGUCGUCACAACGGACGUGGACCCGCCUGCGCUUCAUCAGCUGCGGCUUAAUCUGGCAGACGUCAUGAAGGGACAAAGUAUCUCAGACGCGAAGGAUUUCGACGACUUCGAAGCCUUGGCCUUGGAUGGUCUCGGUCCGAAGGUCUCCGUGCUCCGACUGGAUUGGUGUGCUCUGCCCACAUCCGCCCCAUCCUUCCAG